UGACCAAAGUAUCCCACUACGAUCUGACUUACGUUAUAUGAUCAUGAGAGCAAAGUAGUUCCUAAUAAUUCAACCUGCUGUUAUAUACAUAGUAAAAUAAAAAGCAAACCUUCUUUGUUAAAUUUUCCAAACACUAGUUAACGUAAAAAAUCAGUCGAAUAGCUCAAAAAAGAUAGUCAAUUUUACGUGGGUUUACUCGAUUAAAUAUCAUUAUCUUCAAUUGGACUCAGGAGGUUGUUUAUAGAUAGUUCAACAGAAUAUUACAGAUUAUCUAAAAAUUUGGGAAGCUAAAGCAAAUGAUGAGAAGCAACUCAAUAAAAAAAAGAAGAAAAAACAAAAACAGGACGAUGAAAUCGAAGGCAAAUUUUUUUUUUGCAAUUACUCCGAGUACUCUGACAGGAUUAAAAAUCACACUGCAAGCUACUCUCGAGUUGGCAGAAUUUUUGAAAGAAAAGUGCAACUAUGAUUAUUUGAUGACGUCACGUCUUAAUCAAGAUCAAUUAGAAAAAUUUUUCGGUAUAAUGCGAAAUGUCUGUCGGUGUAAUGAUCAUCCCGAUACUAUUCUUUUUGGGCAAGUUUUCCGGUUAUUAUGCUCCUAUUCCUUAGUCACUCCACCGAAAGGGUCCAAUGUCACUGCCGGUGAGCUUCUUCAAUCUUUAAUGCAAUCAAAAGAAUCAUUGGCUGCAGCCACUGCUUUAAAAAAAAAUUGGCUUGAUGACAUAGACGCUAUUGUUGAAAAUGGUAUUGUCAAUAACAACAAUUCAUCUAAUCAAGAUAUGGAUGGAAACGUUUCUGUUGCUAAAAUACCUUUUGAAAGUUUGCUGGACGAUGACAGUGAUGAAGAAGCAGCAUCCAGUUUUCAUUCUUUCAUUAGAGAACCAUUUGAUAAUAUCCUAAAUGAAGACAGUGAUGAUGAUAUUGAUGAGGAUAAACAUUUAUGUCAUGAUAAUUAUUAUCUAUUUGAAAAUUCAUUUGCUGCUGAAGAUUUUAAUGGCAAUACUAUAUUCGGUCAAGAUCAAGAAGAAGAAAACACUUCUCUCAAUGAAGAUAAAGGCGAAGAAAAUCCUGAUUUCUCUGACGACCCACACUAUCAUCAUGAUUAUGAUGUGGUUUCGACGAGUGACAGUGUAGUAGCUUACAUUGCCGGAUACGUUGCACGAAAUUUUAGAGAAAAUUGUGAAAGCAAAAAGUUUACCUAUUUUAGGUUGUGA